AUGUUAACUGGUAUCCGUGUCGCUGUAUCGCGAUGCUCGGGGAUGAUGAAAAAGAUCCAUGAUGAAGAUUUCAAAAGUACAAAGAAAUUGACCUUUAACAUGGAUGGUAAUGAAUUAACGCCAUCCUCGAAAUAUGACUUCAAGUUCAAGGACUAUUGCCCAGAAGUAUUUCGUGAUUUGAGAUCUCUUUUUGGCGUAGAUCCAGCCGACUACCUUAUAUCAAUCACAGGUAAGUACAUUCUUUCUGAGCUUGGAUCGCCUGGAAAAAGCGGCUCUUUUUUCUAUUAUUCGAGAGACUUCAGAUUUAUCAUCAAAACCAUACAUCAUUCGGAACACAAGCAGUUGCGCAGGAUUUUGAAGGACUAUUAUCAUCAUGUGAAAAGCAACCCCAAUACGCUCAUAUCGCAAUUCUAUGGGCUACAUCGUCUCAAGGUCAGAGGUAGUAUUAAAAAAGUUCAUUUCAUCUACGAUUUGAAGGGCUCCACAUGGGGUAGAUAUACCAAGAUUCCACUUGACAAAGAGGGUCUUCUCGAUUCCUCGCACACGACUUUGAAGGAUCUUAAUUGGCUUGAGCAAAAGGAGAAAAUUAUGUUUGGCCCAAAGAAACGCCGAAUAUUUUUAGAGCAGCUUCGUGCAGAUGUCCAGUUCUUGAAAAAUAUCAAUGCCAUGGAUUACUCUUUGCUUCUUGGAAUCCACGAUGUCCAAAAAGGAAAUUCUACAACUAUCACCAACCUUUCGGUUUUUGACCCAAAAUCUAACAGCAAGAAUGAUUUAAUCAAGACUAAUCCGAGAGACAUUGAUCGCGAAGCUGACCUACCUGCCCGAAACUUCCCUGGACGGUCCAAAUAUAUUUUCUACGGACACGAUGGCGGGAUACGGGGAACAAAUGAGGAGAAUGAGCCCACGAGAGUCAUUUACUAUCUAGGCAUCAUCGACUGCUUAACUCAUUACUCCAUCAGAAAGAAACUCGAAACUUUAUUUAGAUCUGUUGGUCAAAACCGGAGUACGAUCUCCGCUAUCACGUCAACGGAGCCUACAUCACUUAUUGUGUCUGCGCAAACAUGCAGCAUGUUUCAAAGGUAUGUCGGAAAGUCUAGUCAAAGGUCAUUUGCUUCAUUGGAAUUAAAUGGUGUAACAGACUGGGCUAUUUUACAGAAGGAUGCUCUACAAGUUUAUGGAGGACCCUCUUUAGUCGUCGGUAAGCACAAGACUCCCAAGAACAUUUCCAGAGCUUUUGCUAGAACGCUGGGUCUUUCCGGAAGACCUCGCACUGGAUUGUCGACUCUUGGGAGUCGUGGUUUCACAUUCAUUGGCGGAAGAGGUGUCGCUGCCUUGGCAGGACACGGACAAGUUUUCGCCAUUAAAGUGAAGGAAAACGAAGAAAUUCUCAUAAACAAACACAACCUUUUGUCGAUUUCAGUCAAUGGGCCUCAUGAUUUAGAAAAUUGCGUUGUGGGAAGACAGGAUUCUCAACCCUCAAUUACAGUGCAAAAGUCAUCGGAUCCAGAGCCGUCGUCGGUGUUUUUCCCGCUACCACUGUCAGUUGAACUUGAUAUUCCGGACGAGCUUUUUUCGUCAAGUGAGGCUCCCACAGAUGUUGACGCGGUUUGGGACUUAGAUUUGAGAGACAAGUCUGUCGAAGAGCCAGACGUCUCCGAAUUGUUGAAAGCAUUUAACUCACUGUCUAAUUUAGGUAACUUUGAGCUACUAACCAUAGACUGUGGAUGGUCUGAAGCUGUGCCAUUGUGA